AUGUCCUCUCCUGCCACGUCCACGACGAACCCUUCCAAUACCACCGACACCGCCUCCACCCGCGCCCGCUCCCGCUCCCGUACUGGCUCGGUUUCUGUCCCCGGUGCCGCGGCCCCGACCUCGCCUGCCCCGCCUGUGCCUGCGCCCAAUGCCACUCAUUCGUCCUUUAUCCCCACCAGGUACAUCAAGCAUGCCUCGCUCAUCAACAACUGCUACCCCUCCCGUCCUGACGAGAAGGGUCCAAAGUCCAGCGAGCUCUCCUACCUGGUCUUCUAUGCCACAUCCAAGCCUGCAAAGCUGACCAAAGUCGGCAACUUUAUCGAGCGACGAGUCACCCGCGAUUACCGCAAGAAGAAAUACUCAGAUGUCCAUUGCUCGCUCGAGAUCAUCAAGACCCUUCUUCUGUCCAGCAAGGCACACCUGAACAUCUUUUCAAAAAACGUCGUCAGUAUCCUCGAUUUUCUCCUGGUCGACAUCUCUGACCUCGACAUCGUGCGUCACUGCCAAAACGUCUUUUCCUGCUUCUGUGGGGCCCAUGAUGGCUCCACCUUGGGUGUCGAUCAUGAAUUCAGGACUCUCUACGACAGAGUCGUUUCUCGUUUCGCAGGCAUCGCAACCCUCAAGAACGGCGACAACAGCAGCCGCUAUCGGAUGAUCGGCCUGAGAGCAUUGGAGGGCGUGGUCUCAUCUAGUGCCCUCUAUGCGUGCGAACCCAAGGCCCAGCUCAAUCUGGUCCUCCCUGCUAUUCUCAACUGCCUAAUCGACUCCAAGAACGGCGUCAAUGUUGCACUGGACAACUCGCCAGGCUCGGCACCUCCUCUUCGCAGAUCCGUUUCGAUCCAUGUUGCUGUACAUCCCGACAAUGUUAUUACAGAUGACGAUAUUACGGCCGAGGCUGUCAGAUGUCUUCAUGCUCUCUUCAACACCCCCAACGGUGGCAAUGUCAAGCUGGCCCUCAAACGAACGUUCGCCUAUCUGGAUGAACACAGUCGCUGGUGGCCAUCCACCUUUGGUGUCGGAAUCGUGAAGACGGUCUUGAGCUUGAUCUUGCCUCAAUACCGAUACAUGGUCGUGAAUGAAAUCAUCAUCCGCAUCGAUAGUGUGGAAUCGACCACAACGGAUCUCACCCUUCGCCUUCAAAAGAGAGCCACGCUAAUCUCUGCACUAGAGGCGAUUUUGGUGUCUCCUGUCUCUCUGAUUGGUAUGCCGGUCCUCGAAGUUCUCAAUUCAUUGUUGGUGACGCUCACGAAAUCUCUGGCAGCAUCUGCUUCCAUGACCAAGGAAGGUGAAUCCAGCCAAUUGCUCUCCUUGGAAUCCGUCAUCCAAGAGGGACUCGUCAAGAGUGUCGGUGGUCUCGCGACACACAUCUACUACUCGAAUCAAGUGCCCCAUAUUAUUUCGCACAUUGCAGGAAAGUUAUCCUCCAAACUGGGAGCUUCACCACAACCCUCCAUGAUCGAGGGCGUGCCUACACUCGAGUAUCGUGCGGCACUCUUGAAGUGCCUUUUGGCUGUGAUCGAGACAAGCAAGCAGAGUGGACGCCAACAAGCCAGCUUCCAUGCCACAGAAAUUUCGUCCGAUCUCUUGACGUCCUGUCUCGGCCUUUUGCUGGACGAUCGCGUCGAGAUUCGAACAGCAUUUGCUAAGGCGCUGGUCACAUUCCUUGUUGCCGAGGAAGAAAAUGGCCAGUCGAGUACAUCUCCUAUCCCGUCGACCUCGAGCGAUUUAUACUUCCGCGCUGCCGCUCACCAGACUCUGCACGCCUAUGCCAGCUCUCCCAGCUUGACGCCGGCGGAUUUGAUCGCCUUUUAUGGCAUCCUGAAGGCGCUGUUCAGUCACUUCCAGGACGAUGAAUUCAUCAGGGUCGUUCCCAUGCUUUUCUCGCUCCAAGAUUGGUGUCUAGAUAGCCUGCCUCAGGAAGGGCAGGAGCUUGAUGCUACUGUAGUGACUCGCAAGCGCGCUGUGGCGGCUGCCAUCGUGACUUAUUUCCAAAUGGCCGUUUCUACCUAUGGUAUGGCGGAGCCUCAGGAGUAUCUCGAGAACAUCAGGAUGUCCAGAGAGAAUGAGUCGCAGUGGAUUCCGAUCCAGUACGGAUCAGUCGCGGAGUCAUUGGCACGCACAAGUACAUCAUCCUGGGAAACGCCUUCUGAAUCGCUUAGCCCCGUGCUGACGCACCCUCUUGCACGCGAGCAUUUGGUUACGCUGUUGACAACUGUUUCGGACCGUUUCCGUGCUGGAGCCGAUCGCUUUGGCGUGGUGUACAAUCCCGAAAGCCAGUCAAGUUUGUUGUCUGGACACAAUAACAGCAAGGAUCUUGGUAGCGGCCUGUUCCUAUCGACAGGCACAUUGAACGGCACAUCAAGCAUUAUCGGCCACAAGGCUGAGCGCACCAUGGACAGCCGUAUCAGAGUAUCGCGUCAUUUGGAGGACUGGGCAUUGCCGAAAAUCAUCCCCCAGACAUCAUCAGGAUCGUCGAGUGAUCUGUCUGUGACCGAAAAGAUGACGGAGACGACGCCGACAAGUGAGGGCAGUAUGUUUGGACUACUGACCUUGAGCGACGGAUCCAUGGCAGGCAAGAAGAUUGGCGUCGACAGCUUGAAGGCAGCCUUGGCGGCGGCUCACAUGGCAGUGGAUGCGACGAGCGAUACCGGGAGCUCGACAGGAAGCGACACGCGCGGUCCAUCCGGAUCUGCAACAUCGGCAAGGUUCUACCCUCUGUCGAUCCAUGCUCAGACGCUCCGCCGGCAGCAUGGUGCUAGUCCAUCCGGGGUGUCGACCACGUCGACAUUGGCGGUGUCACGACCAGACCUGGCGGAUUUGUUGAACACAAUCAAGGUCGAGGGAGCAGGGAGCAGCAGCUCCCAGAUGUCACUUGUGGUCCCACCAUACAUGUAA